GUAUUUUUCCCUACCUAACCUCAAACUAAUCUCAGCAUCUGCAAACGUCAACUGAGCACACGCCAGGAUCAUUCACCUUUUAUCAUCUGCUUGAUCCAUUACGACUCCAGAUUGAUUGAUUGCUUUCUUCUUUGCAAACAAUAAAAAAUGUCUCGCGGCGGCACUACCUUAUAUGUCACAGGCUUCAGCCACGGCACCCGCGCCCGCGACCUUGCCUACGAAUUCGAACGAUAUGGGCGCCUGGUUCGCUGCGAUAUUCCUGCCCCACGAUCUACUUCCAGUCGACUGUUCGCAUUUGUCGAAUACGAAGACCGACGUGAUGCCGAUGAUGCGUAUCACGAAAUGCACAACAAACGCAUUGGCCGAGACGACCUAUUGAAGAUCGAGUGGGCCAGAACGCCUCCAUCAGCCUCGUGGCGCUUCGAAUCUGGUCGUGAUCGUGACCGUCGUGGACCUCGAUCUCCUCGUCGUGGACGAUCACCAUCCCCUCGACGCAGCACCCGCGACUAUUCUCCACGGAAAGAGGAGCGCCGCGAUCGCGACAGAGACUAUGAUCGUGAUAGCCGAAGGGACCGAGACCGAUCUCGAAGCCCUGAACACCGGGACCGUGAUCGCGAUGCAAAGGAUGAGCGCGAUGAUCGUGACCGAAAGGAGAAUGGAACUAACGGUGACGAAAGGAAAGCUGAGAGCCCUCUUCCCGCCCAUGACGAUCUUGAUGUUGCUGAGUAGUAGAGGCCACAAAUGUCGAAGCGUAUUACGGCAGUGGACUGAGUAUCUGGAGUCUUGGCCUUGUUACUCUCUUUCUACCUACGUCUUCUUCUCCCAUCGAUCGUUUUGUACAAUGCUCGGGUUUCCAGGUGUUUUCCCCUUUCAAGAAUGUGAUACAGCUUCAUUGUGGGAUAUGGGAUGCUUGGCAUUGCCAGGCAGAAACUUAUGCUAGUUAUAAUGGUGUUCGAAUAUGCGCCUGAAACAGGCUGCGAUAUUUUGGAGUUGUAACUAAUAGCUACCUAGUAAUAAAACAGUUUUAUUUUUUGUUUUCUUUAAUACAUGGGGGACUUAUAACCUGGG